AUGGAAAAUGUUUCAGACGACAAAGAGGAGCUUCUCCAAAAAUGUCAAUUUUGUUGUGAAGGCGAAAACUAUCAUCCUGAUCCUGUAGCACCUCAUAAAUACAAGAAAUACUGGAUAUUCUCUACUGUUAUUCAUAUUGCGGUCAUCAUCUUCACAAUCUCCAUAUUACAGUCCUUUUAUUCACCACGAAGAACACCAAAGAAUUCGGUGCCCUUCCUUCCGGUGAAUCAUGACUCACAUCUUGUGGGGGAUAUUUUAUCACCAUUGAAUAACCACGCCCAACACAAAAUCGAAGCACUCUCAACCGACUCCUGGGACCCAGAACUAUACUUCGGAGAACCAACUUAUGAAUCUGAUCGUGCUUGGAACGCUCUGAUUUACCCAAGAUCAUUCCGUGUACACAAGGAUGAAGCUGUGCGUCUAAACAUGACGGAAAGUAUUCUUCUACAACCUGGAGAUGAUUUCGGCACCAUGUUAGGAGCUCUACAUAAUCUCCAUUGUCUCAGACGCAUUCGUCAGAUGUUGUAUUCCGAUUACUAUUAUCCCGACGCAUCACCCGAAGAGAAAGAGUAUAAUCGUAAUCACGCUUAUUGGAAGUCUCUGCAGCAGAUAUUGGAGUCACGGAAUUUCCCAAACGAGAAUUUGAUGGCCAACACCGGUCCGUUAAACUGA